UAUUUAAAAAUUCAAAUUCGCGCAAUCUACAUACUGCCCGCAUAUUAAAAAACUUGCACUAACGCCACAAGCUUUGCCUUAGCCGUUUUGCAGCACUAAACUUGGCCCGCAACUCAGCUAAAAGUUCUUUUGGUUUUCGUUUGUUAUUAUGCAGCAGCCCAAGUCAGUGAAACGCUCCCGCUCGCCCACCGAGGAUCUAUUGAACAAUAAUAAAAUCCAAAGCAAGGUUUUCGUUACACAGAAAAUAAGCGACGCUUCUGAUCCAGAAAAAAUGAAGCAAAUUCAUGAAAAAACUCGACAGAUGUUGUUUGCUGGGGCCGCUGCUGUUGCUGCAGGCGCAGCAGCUCCAAACGCUGUCGCCUCUGCCAGUCCAGAUAACGGUGCAUCCACCAACGCUGCUGCUGGAGCUACAAACGCUCCACCAAUGGAUCAAUCUAGGCUGUAUGGACUCACAGGCAACGGUGGCAUACUGAUUCGAAGCAUGGCAAAUGACGUCGUAAAUCCGCGACUGGAGCGCAGGCGCUCACGCUGUUGCCAGCGCCUGACCCUAAUACACGACCACUGCGCCAAUUGCACAGACGAUUUGUGCGAGGAGUGCGGCUACUCCUGCCGCGAGUGUUCCACGUUCAUUUGCCGCGCUUGCGUUACUGUAUUUGGUAAUCAUCCCGACGAGGCUACUGAUCCGUUGUGCGAGCGCUGCCAAAUGUAUUUAGCUUAGGGCAUCCGUUGGGUCGGUUGCUUCCCCUCCACACACUACACACACACCACAGAAUACCAAACAGCUUAUUGUUUAAGUCCGGGGAAGCAUAACACGUGCUCGACUCACGGUGCUUUUUACACACAUAAACACUAACAUUUAAAUAAAUAUAUAAAAAACUGGUCAUUGAAUCAAACACAAAGCCACACGACACUACACAAAUUACACCUUCCAAAGAAUAAGUGGCACCUUCUCAUGAUUCUUGACCAAGUUUUUUAUAAACACUUUUGUAA